CACGUCACCAUGGCAGUGACGUCACUCCUUACGCUGACGUCAAGCAAAGGCCUACCGGACGUCGGACUAGGUGUACCCCCUGUGCGGAUGAGGGCGCUGUGUCCCGCCUGGACUUGGCCCCGCUGGGUUUGGCAGUUUCUCGGUUCCGUGUGUGGGACUUUGUGAGGUUCUUCCUGUGACGGGAUCCGAAGAGGAGGCGGCUCCCCUGGGGACCCGAGACGUUCACCCCGGUGAUUGGCUGGAGCGGCUCCCUGAGCUGUGAGUUCAGAGGACGCAGCUUAUUAUGGAAGAGGUUUCUAAGAAAACGGAUAAUUCAGACACCGUACAUACCAUUUCUUUCCCAGCUUCAGCUUUCCAGGCAUCACAUCUGGCUCAACAGAUGGCUCUAAGAGGUACCCCCCUGACUGUUGUGUUGCCUGGAGAACAGCAGAUCCAGGUACAAGGUGUUAUCCAGACUGCUCAGUCCUCCGUCAUCCACUCUCCUCAAGUUGCUGCAUCACAGGCAUCGUCACUAUCAGAUAGUGAAGACUCUCAGGACUCAUCUGACAGCAUUGACUCCUCAAAAAAAGCCCGUGGCAUUUUAGCUCGUCGACCUUCCUAUAGGCAAAUCUUGAAAGAUCUCUCUUCUGAAGACACUGGAAAACGAAGUGAAGAGGGUGCUGGAGUAUCUGCUGCAACCACCACCAUAUACCAGACCAGCACUGGACAGUAUGUAACCAUUGGUCCUAAUGGAACCUUCCAGCUCGCUACGGGGGUAGAUGGGUUACAAGGCUUACAGACAUUGGCAAUGGCCAAUACUAGUAAUAGCCAGCAGGGCACAACUAUACUUCAAUAUGCACAAACAUCGGAUGGCCAGCAGAUCCUUGUUCCCGGCAACCAAGUGGUUGUACAGACUGCAGCGGGAGAUAUGCAGACUUAUCAGAUCCGUACCACUUCAACCACCACCUCACUACCACAGACUGUGGUUAUGACCUCACCCGUUACGCUGUCUUGUCCCCCAACGAAGUCAGACGACCCACAACUGAAGCGAGAAAUAAGAUUAAUGAAAAACAGGGAGGCAGCCAGAGAAUGCCGGAGAAAGAAGAAAGAAUACGUCAAAUGCUUGGAAAACAGAGUCGCUGUUCUUGAAAAUCAAAACAAAACUUUAAUUGAAGAGUUAAAGACUUUAAAAGAUUUGUACUGCCAUAAAGCAGUGUAAAUCACUUUGGCUAUCUGUACACACAUUUUAGAUGAUUUUCUUUUUUGUUUUUUUCCUUUUAUACCAAAAUUUUCUAAAUUUUACAAGAGGCCACAGACGACGCCUUUUUUACCUAGUUUUCACACUAUUAAACAGAUAAUGAGAUACAACAUGCCUCCCUAUUAUAAAGGUGUGAACAUUUGCUGAACGUUACUUGUAAACAGAAUAUACCAAACCAGUCUUUAGGAAGGAUCACAUUAGCGCUCAGGCUGUGGCUCUCUAAACAAUUGACUAAAAGUCUAAGCCAGUAACUGGCACAUCAUGUUGGGACUCCGAGUCCUAGAUUUGAAAGCCAUGGUCGUUCCAGGCUGUACUGGUGAUAACGCAGAGAACAGAGAUUUCACAAUGGAACAUAUUUUCAUAUGUAACAGUUUUUUUUAUUUUAUUAAUUCCAGGUAUAUUUUUAUGUAUUUUGUUAUGUACAUAUUUUACCUCCUUUCACUUGCUUCCAAUUACAGGUUAAGGCUUACUUUUGCUCAGAAAAAAAAAAAUUAUAAUUUUUACAGUAAAAUGCUUAUUUCAGCAGGUAAUAGUGUAAUUAUGUUGUUUGUGGUGUUUACUUUAUAAUAUAUCCAUCAGGGUCUAAAGGGGAAUUUCUGACUUUUACUCCUAAUUUCCUAGCCGGAACAUGCUAAGAAUUGAUCCAGUUUACUGAAGGUUAGUUAUGGAGAUGGCCUGGAAGAAAAAGACAAGGUUAUGAAAUGUGUUCUGAUAAUUGGCUAUUAGGUGUGACUCACAUUUCUACAAAUAAAUGAUGUGCGAUGUUUACUUCA